ACACACACACACACACACACACACAUGCUCUCCCCCAGCACACUAACACUUUAGCCAUGGCAGCCGGAGUGAAGGCCACUUCCAUGGACCUUCUGGAACCUGUGGCCCCCGAGUCUGAGCCCAACUCUGGGCCAGAACAGAACCACCAAAGCUCUGAGCAGCCAGACACAGACCAAGAGCACGAGCUCCAGAUUCAGACCAGGAGUGGAGAGGAUGAAGACGAGGAAGAGGAUGAUGAAGGAGGAAACUCUGGGAUGGAGUCAGAACCCAAAGACCAGGAACGUUCUCCUGCAGAUUGGAUAGAGGAGCGCUUCCGGAUCGACAGGAAGAAACUGGAAACCAUGCUUUAUGGUCCUGCAGAGGGGACCAGCCUGUCUGGAGAGGAGUUUUUCGAGAAGAUAAUGAAGGAAACUAACACUCAGGUGAAAUGGCCGUCGAAACUGAAGAUUGGAGCCAAGUCGAAGAAAGAUCCACAUGUAAAAGUGGAAGGAAAGAAAGACGAUGUCCUUGAGGCCAAGAGGAAGAUUCUGGAACUUUUAGAGGCGAAGGUCAAUAAGGUAACUCUGAAGAUGGAUGUGACUCAUACUGAACACUCUCAUGUGAUUGGUAAAGGAGGAGGGAACAUUAAGAAGGUUAUGGAGGACACAUCCUGUCACAUCCACUUCCCUGACUCCAAUCGCCACAGUGCAACAGGAGAGAAAAGCAACCAGGUGUCCAUCGCCGGACCUGUGGAGGGCGUGGAGUCUGCGAGAAAACACAUAAGAGACCUGCAACCUCUGGUUUUGACAUUUGACCUCCCGCUGACCCUGGUGGGUGGAGUUGUUACGGACGCAGGGUCUCCUCUGAUUCAGCAUGUAGCACAGGCGUUUGGAGUGAGUGUGACAUUCAGAACCCAACCUAAACUCUACUGCUCCACCUGCGUGGUCCGAGGCCUGCAGGGGAACUGUGCUGCUGUGAAGAAGGCCACCUGUGUCCUAAUGGAACUUCUCCUGGGCCGAGAGGCGGCAGCAGUUGCCGGGGUAACAGGAGGGGUCAUGGUCAGUACCCAACUGGACGUGACCUCUCAGCAGCAUCUCUUCCUGCUGGGUCAAAAUGGAGCCAACUUCCUCAGCGUGAUGCACCAAACACACACACAGAUCGUACUCCCCGACCUCACUGCCCCACAACACACACCCUCUCUGCUCAUCCAGGGCACUGCGGACGGUGUGUGUCUCGCGCGACAGCAGCUCAUGGACUGCUUGCCUGUGUGUCUGAUGUUCGAAAUGAAGGAGGAGGGUGAGUCAGACCCUCGUAAGCUUGCACAGAUGAUGCAGAAUCUCGGAGUCUUCAUUAGCGUCAAACCAAAGGUCAAACUGACUGCCAAGUCAGUGGUGGUGAAGGGUCUGGAGAGGAACAUAGAGAGUCUAUAUGAGGCCAGACGUCUCCUGCUGGGUCUGGAAUCCAGCGAAGUCUCAAUAAUGGCUAAGAAGUCUUGCGAGAUCUCCACUGCAAGCAAGACCCCCCUGGACCCUCUGCUGGUCAACAACGGCAUGACAGGCUACUUGUUCAACAUGCUAAUGCAGCAGCUGAAUCUCACAGAGACAGCCACUGUCCCCACGCCGGAUUCUGUGCCAAGCACCGCCCCAGUGAAGCCCCGCCCUUCUCCCCCACCCGGGUUGGCUGGUCUGGCAGAUGAGGGACGGAUGGGACUGAGAGGAGCAGAGUCUAAGCUAGAGAAGAUUCCUGAGAGUGAGGACCAGCCCAGUGACCACACAGAGAGCCCACCAUCUGAAUUUAGAACACAAGAUUUCAUUGAUGUUAAAGAGAUCACUGCCAAGCCGGCAGUGUCGAUGAGGAGGAAUAGCCAUUCAGGAGUUACCAGAGACCAAACUCAAGAAUUAGGCCACCUAAUAUCAUUACAGUCCUCUCCAAGCAGGUCAGUGAGGAUGGAGGUAGACAGUGUGUAUUUUAACAGGGACCGACGCUGCAGUCUUAGAAUCUUUCCCUCUCUGGACUCCAACUCCACUAAUGAGGAUCACGACUAUGAGAGGAAGAAACUACUCGCAAACAGAGCCAUGCAGAAGAAGCCAGUGGUGACAGAGGUGCGGACCCCCACUGACACCUGGAGCGGCCUGGGCUUCUCCAAGUCGAUGCCGGCUGAGGCAGUAAAGGAGCUGCGCAGUGUCAGCCGCCGCUGCUACAGAUCCUACCUCAAUAAUCAACAGUCAUGGGGCUCUCAGACCAGUAAGGACAGAGCAUCUGGUAAUGGGAGCGAGUCUGAGAACUGGAGAGAGAGACGAGGCUCUGCAUCUUCAGCGUCAGCAUCAUCCUCCUCAUCGUCUUCACCCACAUCCUGCUCCUUAUCCUCAUCCACAGGCAUGACUGCGUUCAGCUCCUCUAAAACAGCUGAUGGAUAUGGAUACAGUAGCUACUAUGAAGGAAUGUCCAAGCCUCUGACUGGCAGAUCUCCAAGCCCCUCCCCUCAGCCCCAGGAUGAUCUGCUGGAGUUACUGAUACAGCUGGGGCUGGAGAAAUAUAACACACUGUUCCAGGAACAGGAGAUUGAUUAUCAAACGUUCUUCACUCUCUCUGAAGAAGACCUGAAGGAAGUGGGUGUGUCCACGUUCGGAGCCAGGAGGAAGAUGCUGCUGGCUAUUUCUGAUUUGAAUAAAACUAAGAUGAAACUCUCCGAUGCCCCUGUGGUUAAGUCAGGCUACCUCGAGGGAGGGGCCAGUGGUCGCCUCCCGCGAAUCAUGGACGAGGACGUGGCUGCCAAAAGUAACCGCUGGUGAAAAGGGACACUCAGUAUACUUUUGUAGUCCACAUUAUCUUCAGUACACUUCUGGCAAGUGGAGGUGUCCCUCAGGGUCCAGUAAUAAGACAAAAAAGCGAAUAAAGGAACGGCGUUUUAUCGUUAAUUACGGAGGAACUAGCGAGUGGACAGCUGUGAUAUGACUCUCAGAGGAAGCGCGAAAAGAUAUCUGACCUUCACUCAGAACAGAGUGUACUUCUACUGCCAAUAAUUAAUAUGCAAACCCUUAUGUCCGUCCCUUUCCUCAUACUCUCUCUCUCUCUUUCUCUCUCUCGUCCUCUUAUUCUCUCUCUUUUUAUCUUUUUCCCUUUCUAUGCAAACCUCUGUGUGCAGUACCAUGGCAUGCUGUGCAAACAUGAGAAUGUGUUGUGAAAAUCAUUAAACAUUUGUGAUAAA